AUGCGGGGGCAAAACAUGUACAUGGAGUACAUUUUGCGGUUCAUUGUGCCAGGCGCACGGCUGAAGACAAACGAAAGCCCCGUCGAACCGGGAAGAGCCGCCCCGCAGAGCUGGCCUUUGCAAAGACCUCUGUCCCCCCACGCCUUUCUGUCCCCCCCCCCGCCGCCCCGGGCCCUUUGCCCUUAUGUCUCCAUCUUCACGGGCUGCGUGGGCGAGUGUGCUCUGCUCCCCGGCUCGCUGUCUAGCCGGCUCGUCGGGCCGGAGGAUGAGAGGGUGCGGCCGCCCCGAGCCCGCCGCCGGCUGCGCCCUGCUGCCGCCCCGCCGCUGGACCGGCCGCCCCUGGACGGCGCCCUUGCUUGGCGGAGAGGCCCGCCGCCGCCGCCGCCGCCGCCUCCCCCCAUGGAGCCCCCCCGGCAGCCGGCCCGCCCCGCCCUGCUCCCCCUCCUCCUCCUCCUGGGCGUCGUGCGGGGCCCGUCGGCGGAGCAGGAGGUGGAGAACCUGUCGGGCCUGUCGGCCAACCCGGAGAAGGUCAUCUUCGCCGUGCGCGAGAACGAGACCACCUGCCUCAUGGCCGAGUUCGCCGCCCGCUUCCUCGUCCCCUACGACGUGUGGGCCAGCAACUUCGUCGACCUGGUGACGGAGCAGGCGUCGAUCCCGCUGUCGCGGGGGGCGGCGGAGGAGGGUCGCUGCGGGCCCCGACAGGCCGAGCUGCAGAUCGCCUGGGCCCGCCAAGCCUUCAGCCUGCGCCUCUCCUUCGCCAAGGAGGGGCGCAACACGAGCCGCGGCGCGGAGGGCUGGUGGAAGCUGAGCGGCGUCCAGUUCGACUACGACAGCGCCACGCCCGCCUACUUCAAGGACCCCGUCAACCCUGGCAAGCACACCGCCACCAGCCACCACCUUUCCGCCUUGGUCACCCCUGCUGGGAAGGCCUACGAAUGCCAGGCUCAACAGACAAUCACCCUGACUUCCAGCGACCACCAAAAACUGGUCGUCCUCCUGCUCUCCGAGGUCCGCCUCCAGCCCUUCGAUAUCAGCUCCGAUUUUGAAUACGGUGAAGAACAUAAAUGUCCCGUGGACCAAAGGGAACAAUUAGAAGAAACUCUCCCGCUUGUUCUGGGACUGAUUUUGGGACUAAUUAUUGUGAUAAUUCUCGGGAUCUACCAUCUCCAUCUCAAAAUGACUGCUGGUAGUCAAGUUCACAUCCCACGAGACAGAUCCGAGUAUAAGCACAUGGGAUAG